UGUGAAAUGAGAAAUCGUGCAAGUCGCGAAGUGGAAGUCAAAUGCAAAUGGCGGUUGUUAUUGUUCGUGGUCGAAAAUUUUUACAACACGAAUUUUUUUUACAAAUUUCAUCUAGAAUAUACAAUUUAAUUGUAAUAAAUUUUUGCAAAUCUUAAAAUAUAAUUUCUUCAUAAAACGUGUUUAUAGAAAUUCAAUUGAAAAGUGUCAAUAUAAACAGUGAAAUUUUUGUUUAAAAAAAUUGGUCUUUGCAAGAGUAAGAAGAAAAAAAUUGUCGUCAAUCAUAUUUUUUGUGGCCCCUUGCUACCAAUACAACAACAACAAGAAGUAAAGAAAAAAGUUGAUACUUCGUAUGGUUCGUUUUCUACGCCUGUGAAUAUUUUUGGUCGCGCUGUUUGAUCUCCAAAAAAGAGCUUCUUGUGUUGUGUUAGGCCUCCUCCUCUAGUAACCAAAAUAAAAAAUAAAUACAAAAACCUAAAAAGUUACAAAUGUACUAAAAAAACUGGUCAUUAAUCCUCCAAACGUAUGACAUGCACUCCUCAAAACGUUCAAAGAAAAUUGUUCAAAUUAAUGUUUAUCAAGGAGAGUUAUAACAUCAGUGUUUUAUUAAAUCUUGUCAAAUUAUAAAAAAAAUAAAACAAACUAAGAAGCAAAAUAAUAAAAAUAUCUUAUAGAAAAAGAUUUUGUUACAAAAAAAAAACUACUCGUUAUGUAGAAUGGUGCAAAAAAAUUCCACUUAAAAAAGUAGUCAGUCACUGUUACAGUGUUUUGACAAUUUGUUGAUGAAAUAAAUAAAAAUCGUGAGAAAGAAAAACUAAUACUACUUAAUAAUUAUUAGAAACUCCCCAAAACAAACGUAACGCAACAACAUUAAAAGCAAAAGAAUAAAAUAAAAAGGAGAAUAUCACAUCACGUCUGUUUCUCUUUAAAAAUGCAGCUCUGCAUAAGUGACACAAGUGGCAGGCAUAUCGAAAGAAACGUAACGUAACGUGAUAUAUGCCAUGAUUUUGUUGUUUAUUGUUUUGAAAAUAUAUUUUUGUUAAUAAAAGAAAAAAAAUAAAAGAAGGAAGAAAGAAAGAAAAAAAUCUACAGAGUUGCCAUAACUAUAAGAAAAGUUUUGUUUAAAAAAAUCUAACAAAUGUGUACAUUAAAAAUAUUAAUAAUAUUACAUUAUUUGCUACCACCGCUUAGUGCUUCAAAUGUUUUACUACGAAAAUGGCAAAAUUGUGGUCAUAGAUUUAAAAUUUAAAUUAAUUAAUAAUUACUAUAAAAUUUGUGUUAAAAUAUAAUAAUAAUUACCUAGAAUUAAUGAUUAUAAAGAAACAGUAGCAACAAAUAAACGUAAACAAAUGAAAGUUUUAAUUUUUUGUGUGAAUGUAUAUCUUCGCGCGAUUUCUGCUAAUUUAAGAAUUAGUGAAUGUUCGCUUAUUUUUUGUAAUAAUUAAAAGAAAUUCUUCGAAAGAAAACAACCCCCAGACAGCUCCCCCGUCAAGUGUGAUUGUCGUCGUGUGAUGAUAUGCAACUUAAACAGCAGAUUGAACCGUGUAUGCGGAUAACAGUGCAAAUCCCUAAGGAUGCGGCGCAAAGGUUACGCCAAUUGGCUACCGAGGGUAAUCCUUCACUACGGGCCCUUGGUAUACGAUCCGUACAAUUAGAGGGAGAUUCUCUGAUAUCACUCAAUCUUGGCGGUCAACAGAUUGAUGUUAAAGUAUCAGAUAUUUCAUCUGUUGUUAGCCAUGAGACGUCCGGUACGUCUAUUAGUGGUAUUGGAACCGGUGGAGUUGGAAUCGGUGUCAGUGGCGAAGGUUGCAAUACAGAUAUAAGUGAUUUAUCUCAAUUACUAAAUGUGGGAAAUAUUGGUGGUCCCAGUUCAAGUAGUGCUUUUGUAAAAUUGCCUCAAGCACAGCUGCAAGAACACCAGCAGCAGCAACAGCAAUCGACAUUAAUCCAACAGCGACGAGGGAAUAUGGCUCCAAAUAUUAAUUUUGGGACAAAUGUUGGGGUAGGAAGUGGCAUGGAUGGUGGUACCAUGUCUUCUAUACAACAACAGCAAAUGUUGCAACAACAACGUCGUAAUAUGAUGCUUGGUGGUCCUAGCACUAGUAAUGCUGCCAUUAAACAUCAACAGCAAAAUCCUUUCAAUAACGUACUGGGUGCACAGCAAAAUCUUCAGCAGCAGCAACAACAUCAACAACCUGUAUUUAAGUCACCAAAUACAGUUUGCCCCAUGGAUGGCAAAGUGCCAGUGCCUCCUUUACCCGCAGCAGCUGGUAGUGCUGCAAAUUCACGAGAAUUUCCCUUUGAAAGUAUGCGCCAAGCUCGUGUUUUGCAGGGCCGCGAUAAUUCUUUGAAUACUGUGGGAUCAUCAUCGUCAGCUAUACCAACUCCUGGUGGAAUAACCUUAGCAGCUGGUAAACCUGCCGUAGCUGGUGUACCAAGUAAUGGAGUUGGGAGCAUUCCACACCAGCUUAUGAGUUCAUUGGGUCCCCCGCCUAAUGUUGCCCUUAAAGUGAUUAAAAAUCCGCAAAGUGGUGAAAUGAUAACUACAACUGUAUCUACAGCAUCCGGUAAAUCACAGUUUUUGCAACCACCUCCUCCACCAUAUCCUGGUGUUGGUACAGUAAACUCUCCCGCCUCCCAGAAUUCUCCGGCUGUAGCAAAGCCUAUAUCAAGCUAUUUGCAAUCACGUGUGGUGCAACCCUCAACGUCUACAGCAUCACCAACUGGAGUUACAGGUUCGAGCAAUAGUAGCAAUAAUAUAGCGAUGUCAUCACCGCUUUUGGUAAACUUGUUGCAAAAUGACAGCAAUUCAGUGGCAAAUCAACAUGGAAAUCAAGUAAAAUCGUCGCCAUUGCCUUCUCCACAACAUCAGCCGCAGCAGCAACAACAUCAACAACAAAUUCCGCUUAUUCAUCAACAGCAACAGUCCCCCAUGAUGGCGGCUAUGAGUCCUCAGCAACAAAUCAUGAAUUCACCGUUAAGAACUACAACACCAGGAAGCGAUUUUAUGAUGCAACAGCAACAACAUUCAAGUCAGGUGCAGCAACAAAUCGUUUCGGCACCUGGUACCCCCGACAAUGUUCUAAGUGUGCCUUCUUCUCCAACUGCGACAACAAAUGCUAUGCGUUCUAUGCCCCCAGGUUCGCAGCAAAUAAUGUUGAGUCCAAGCAAUAGCAACAAUAUGUAUUCACAACAACAACAGCAGCAACAGCGCUUUCAACAACAGCAACAAAUUUCACCACAACAAGCAGCAUUGUUGCGGCAGCAACGUCAACAGCAAUUGCAAACAGUCAAUCAACUACAAAACCAGCAACGUUUUAUACCACAACAACAACAGCAGCAACAACAACAACAAAUGUUGCAGCAAACAAUGGGUGUCAACACGAUGUUAGGAAACCAACAGCAACAAAUGAGGCAAUUGCGUGUUGGAUCUGGUGGUGGUGGCGUUGGUGUUUUAACACAUCAAACACCACCUUCGCCCCUACAGCAGCAACAGUUACAGCAACACCAGCGUCUUAUAGGGCAACAACAACAGCAAUAUAUGUCGGUUAAUGCUGGAAACAUGUCACCUGCAGCAGCACAUUCACCCGCCUCCAGUCAUCAUUCGAUGCAUAGCCCCCACAUGUCCUCCCAGCACUCACACCAACAACUACUAUCUCCUUCGACAACGCCCGCACAGUCCCCUCUUACAGCUUCACAGCAUCUAACGCAACAAUUGUUACCGCCACCUCCACCACAAUCGCCCUCAACAGCAGGUCUUACGCACAAUGCAUCUUCCUCCAUUCACAUAGUACCUUCUUCACCAUCUGCACCAAGUAUGAAUCUACCACCUCCACCAGAUUACAAUCAAGCGGCCGCUUCCUCAAGAUGGCCCGCGACGUUAAAUAAACCAAUGGAUUCGGCGACAAAGUCAAGUUUUCAAGAGUUCACUCGCUAUCAAAUGCAAUACAAUUUACAACAGCAACAAACUCGACAACAAGAGCAACAAAUUAUCUCCGACAUUGCUAAUUCGUUGUCUGGCGCAUCAUCGAACAACAACAGCAGCAUUCAUCAUAACCAGCAGUCGUCAACAACAGCUGGUGGAAGUAGUGGUGGUGUGAGUGUAGGAAACAUUAACUCGACCUCCGCAAAUUCUGUAGCAGGUUCUGCCGGUUCAGGUGUAGAUGCUGCCUUAGAUGCCCAAACAGUCGAUGAUUUAAAUGACAACUUGAUUACUUUAUCCGACUUGGAUGCUUUAACAACAAAUGAUUUGGACGCUUUGUUGCCUACCUUAAGCUGUGAUAUUGAUUCAUCUCUUAGUUUGGAUGACAAAAAUGAAUUGGAAUCCUUGCUUCAAGAUGCGAAAGAUCUGGACUUGGAUCUUAUUGAGGGUAUGGACAUUGAUGAGACAGCAGCUGCAGCUUCGUCGCUUUUAGCUGGAGAUGAACAGCUGCCACCAAAUGUUGAAAUAGCAAUGGGUCAAAUGCAGCCGCAGCAGCAAUCGCAACAACAGCAACAAAUGUUACAGCAACAAUUAUUGCAGCAGCAGCAUCAAACACAACAUCAGCAACAAUUGCAGCAGCAUCAAAGGCAAUUACAAAUGCCACAAAGUCAAAUUAUGCAGCAGCAACAACAAUCUCAGCAUAUUUUGCAGCAACGUUUGCAGCAGCAACAUCAAAUAAACCAACAAAAUCUUGUGCCUCAAAAUCAGCAGCAGCAACAACAACAAUUUCAAAUGAAUUCAAAUCAUCAACAGCAACAAUUUAUGGCAAAUAAACAACAUCAACAACAUUCAAAUAUACAUUCUGCUGUACCUGUCUCUGGCAACACGCAAACAACACAUCCUCCGUCGUCCCAACAAAAGCAAUUUCUUAUUAACCCUUUAACCGGAGAACUUGAACCCAGCCCCAGCGAUGACAGUGAAACUGAAGCUGAACAAGAGACUAUUCAAUCUUCAUCUAAUUCCGCCCUCCACAACACCUCAAACGCUACGAAUACCUCCCAAGGAUCCAAUUAUAACCCAAAUAAUAGCACAAAUAGCAUUUAUGAUUUGCUACCCAAUUCAUCGUCGCAUUUCUCCGAAGAUUCCAAUUCCAACUCGUGCAGCACUGCCAUCUCCAAAUUGUCGGCCGGCGAACAAAAUAAUGGCGGCUCUUCAACACCUCAAUUAUUGGGAGCUGGUUCAGAUAACGAACGUUCUAGAGACUCUUUAAUCUCGAACAAGUCACAAAAGAAUAGAAAGUCGAAAGCAAAUGUGUCAUCAGCGCCAAUAUUAAAUAUUAAUGCAAGUGUAAUAAGCAGUAAACCUGGUGAUAUGGGUUCUCCCAGAUCAAACUCAUCCUCACCAUCGGUGGGAGCCAUGUUGUCCGGUGGUAGUACUUCGAAUAAAAAGUCAAAAACCAAUUUACUAAGGGAGAAACUACAGCAAGGAGUAAGGGAAAAGAAAAGCAAGGAGGCGGCCAACGCUGGAGGGGUCAAACCAAAAAGGGAAAGAGCCAAAGCUGGCAGUAAAUCAAAAGCUGCUUUAGCUGCUGCUGCCGCGGCACAAACACAAACUCUUAUGCAAAAUAAACAAAAUAGUGCAAUAGCUAGUAGCUUAUCAUCGUCGGUUAACACAGCUACAAGCAUAAAUGUUACCAAUCCGAUGAUGAAUACAGUGGAUGCAACAAUUUCUUCAGUUGGAGCAAAUGUGGCGGCAAAUGAAAAAAUCAAAUUACGUUUGAAAUUGGGAAAAUCCGAACCAGUUACACCGGCUUAUAAAGUUGAUGUAACAUUUAGCUCGGAAAAUGUGCAGCAGCAACAACAACAACAAUCCCAAAUAAAUGCUCAACAGUUGGCAAAAAGCGUAAUGCAACAGCAGCAACAACAGCAACAACAUCAACAAAACCAACAUCACACGAAUUCAUCGCAAUUUCAACAAAAUACUAAUUUAAAUUCACCUCAACAGCAACAACAGAACUCCAUACAACAGAUGCAGCAGCAGCAGUUAACACAUCAACAGCAAUCAUCUAUGAACCCGCCACAAUAUCAACAACAACAAGAUAAUAUAUUUCCUCAACCCUCAUCAGUGGCUACAGGCUUAAACACAGCCGCUUCCACAACAGCGGGCAAUACUUCUCCCGCUAUAGAUGAACCCAGAGUUCCUCCACUACACAUUAGUUUACGAGGAGGAAAAAAUUCAAUUGUUAUAAAAAAUUCUCGAAAAGAACGCAAGAAAACACAGAACACGUCGGCACCAGACCAGAAUGAAUCCUUGGACAAUAGCAUUAAAGCAAAGUCCCAUCUUAAGCGUACUCACCUUAUUACGGAUAAUCUAACUGCCAGUGCAACAACAGGAGAUACCUCCAUCGUGGACGAACAAAGUGCAACAGACGCCAAACAGACAAAACUGGGACAAAAUGUAGCAAAAACUCCAAAUGCAACUCAAAUAAAUGGAAUACCAAACAUGUCUGACAACAAGUUGGCUGUUUCAUCAUCAACAACCACAACCAGUUUAGUUGCAGGAAAAAAUGGUCUAACCAUAAGUGCAACAACAAUGAACAAUGCUAACAUGGAGGCGCCUAACAAAACCAGCCAAAAUUUAAUAAUGGAUUCACAAAGUUUGGGUUCGACAAAUUUGGGCACUGUCACCCACCUACCACCCCAGCAAUUGCUGCAACCCUCCACCCAACAGCAAUUGGCCAAAAUUACUUCUUUGCCAAAUAGCAUCACCUUGAGCACCAUAACAAAUCCAAAUACAGGGGCCGGAAGUGGCGGAGUCGGAUCAAAUUCGAAUAGUUUGCAAGUUAAACACAACCUGAAGACGACUGCCACUAUAACACCAAUACAGGGAAAACCCUUAACAAAAAACCAUAAGCCACCGUCGUACAUAACGGCGGUACAACAAUUGCAAUUGCAAAAACAACAACAGCAGCAGCAGUUAGCAGCUUUAGCCGAAAAACAAACACAGCAACAAAUGAUAGCAGCAGCCGUUACCAUGCUACCAAGUGCUACGACCCUCAAAAGAGUCGAAAUAACAAAAGUGGAGCGUAAAGAUGCUAUGGGUAAUGUGGAGCAUGUUCUGAUUAAAUCAAAUGAACCGGUUACGACAGCAGUAGCAACUGCCACUGCAACAACAAUUAAAGCCAACACUCAGGUUACAACAAAUGCUACGACUACCACUAUAUCCUCGCCAGUAACGGUAUCUUCAUCAUUGGUGACCACAAAUACAAAGACAACAUUUAGUGUGGUUGAAAGUAGUGCUACAGGUAAAACGGAUAAUCCUGCUGCCAGCAAACAAAAUAUAAUUCAUCAGCCCAUAAGUACAGCAUUAACAACAACUGCGGCCACGGUGACCACCACACAAACAAAUACUCCUGUCACAAAUUUAAACUAUAAUCAAUCGACACUGGCCACUACAUUAAGGAACUCCCCCGCAAGCACGGGAGGUGGCACACCAGCCCAUGCAAAUAGUGCGGGUGGAGAAGAUAGUGGCAUAGAAUCAAUGGAUGCUUUGUCAGAAAAGUCACCACACCAACUUACAUCUAGCAGUCCACAAUCCCUACAACCUCAAAUCACCUCAGACAAGCCACCCCAGCAAAUACUUGCUAAAGGUCCAGCGACUGAAACUCUUAAGACGAGUGAAGAAGUGGCAACUCAAUUAACGUCGGCCGACGACGAAAUCGAAAAGGCUUUAGCUAAAAUGGAGGGCUUUACUGAGGAUGAUGACAAUAAUCUAUUGACUGGAGAUAGUUUAAAAGAAAAAGAUGUUACCAACUCUAAGGAUCUACAGCAACAGAAAAUUAAUGGUGACCACUCCAUCUUCGAUGAUGAUAUUUUAAAACAGAAGGACAACAAAGUGGUUUAUAACAACAUACAUCAUCACCACCAUCAUCAUCAACUCGAGGAAGAAGACGAUGACGACGAGGAUCUUAUUAAAAAUCUCACUGCCAGUAUUAUUGAGGAACAUGAGGCGGGCGAAAAGGCAGCAAAAGAAAAGUUGGAAAACGAACGUAGAGAAAAAGAAAAAUUAAAUCUUAAAGAACUCGAAGAAGAACAAAAGGAGAGAACGGCAAACAAAUUAAAAUUAGAAGAAAUUAACAACGAGGAUUUCGAAGAAAAAAUUACCAACACCACAACAAUCAUUAAGAAAGAAGAUUCCCUUAAAAUCGAAGUAAAUUGUAACAAUAACAACGAUAAAGAAAAAACAGUUGAAACAAAGAAAACUCCUUUAGAAUCUCUUAAAAAAUCUGAUGAACCUAAGGAAACGAAAAUUGAGCAGCAAAAAGAAGUAGUAAUCAAUAAGCAGAGUGAGGAUCUUAACUCCAAUCUAGCUACGCCCAUAUCAAUAGAAAUUCCACAAUCUACGGAUAUGGACUCGCCACGUAUAAGAACAAGGGCCAGCAGUCGUUUGGGUAGUCCUAUGGAUGUAGCGAAAUCUAGCCCCUCUUUAGACAACAAUUCCACCACACAAUUAACUCUGCUAACAAAUAAACAUGUUGUCGCUACCAGAUCUUCAAGUCAAACUCAUGAACGAGUCAGUUUAAGUCCAAAACUACUUCAAGCUAAUUCAGCCUCCAGCGCCAGCAACAGCACAAAUACGACCAACUCUGCCUCCUCCAACACUUUGUCUGCAAACUCUAACACCAAUAGUAGCCAAACACAAAAUCAUCAUAAACGAAAACGUCAAGAAUCUGAAGGUGGAAGUAGUAGCAAUAGUGGUGUCGGAGAAAAUGACCCCAAAAGAGCACGCAGUGGCAGUACUAGUGGCAGCAGUGCUGUUACAAUAGUAAACCACAAUGAAACAGCAAACAAUAAUAAAAAGUCCGAUGAUGCAGUAGUUUUUAAAAAUACUACCCCUACUACAACGACAAAGAAGAUUGAAGAAUCCUCUGAUUCAGAUGAACCUCUAAUAGAGGUGGCUGGCAAGGUCAGAAAUUCUAAAGCAGCAGCUGCUGGCAGCAUCGAUAAUAAUUCAUCAGUAUCAUCAUCGUCAUCGUCCACUAACAUUAAUACUUCAUCAACAACGUUAAAUACAACAACACUGGAAAAUACUUCAGAAAAAGUUACACGAAAUAGUCGAUCACAUCAACAACAAAAUAAAGGAUCUGCAAAUCUGUUGUCUAUGACUGCUGGAAAUGAAACAAGUUCAAAUUCGGUGAAUUCUUCUUCGAACGCAUCAAAAGUUGGAAAAGUUAAUAAUAGUCACACUGGUCAAACAAAUACUGCAACUGCUGCUGGUGCCCAUAAUAACUCAUCUAAUUUAACAGCAACACCAUCCAUAUCCAACUCGUCGGCAACUUCAACCCCAUCUCAUGCUACUCGUGGUACAAGUCAAGGUUCUGCGACCACUACUAAUGCAACUACACAUGCUACAUCCGUAAAUCAUGCGGGCAAUGUUAAUAACAUUAGCAAUAGUCCUAGUGAUGAGAAAAUUGGCACCCGGCGAAGUGUACGAGCAUCGGCGGCAGCAAAUAAAAUGAUUUACACCAGAGGUAUUCAUAAUAACAGCAAUAAUAAUGGAAGUAAUAACACUGAGACCACUGGUAAAAUGGCAAGCAAAUCAGGCGCAUUAAAUGCAAGCUCUGAAAGUGUGGCAGAGGCCAGAAGAAAAACACGCAGUGCAGUUGUAGGUGAAACUGUGUUAACUGAAGGUCGUCGCAGAAGGGGCUCCAGAGACUAUAAGUGACCAUUGUCUUGCGGCUCGGCUACAGGUUCUGAGGAUAAAUUCGAAUUUUAUAUUUUUCAAGAUGAUGAGGACGAAGAU